AUGUCAGGCGACCUUGGCUUUCUUUAUAAGGCUAAUUUUUCCCGUAUUAGUCAGCUGGCCCACCUCCGUCAACAAUCGCAACUCAGCACCCACAAAACGAAGGCACUCAGCCAUCAGCAGCCUCCUGUUGGCUCUGCCAUUCUCACACAACAUCACUCCAUCAGCGAUCAUGUAUUUACCGGCCUACACAUUUUUAGUGUAUUCUUUCAGCACGUCGACACUGUUGAUGUCAAGUCGACCGACCACUCGUUUGGAGAAGUUGGUCGGGGUGAAGAGCCCGUGAGUGUGUCCCACUGCCUCGUUCCUUCUGGAAAUUUAGAUUCAGGACUCCCAGUGGAGUCUGCUAACUACUCUGGUAGCAUCUCUCUCACCAAUUCACUCGCAGCACGGGUAGAGGAUAAGAAUACAGUCUCUCACGACCUCUACAACAUUCCCUCUCCCGACCCCUACAACAUUCCCUCUCCCGACCCCUACAACAUUCCCUCUCCCGACCCCUACAACAUUCCCUCUCCCGACCCCUACAACAUUCCCUCUCCCGACCCCUACAACAUUCCCUCUCCCGACCCCUACAACAUUCCCUCUCCCGACCCCUACAACAUUCCCUCUCCCGACCCCUACAACAUUCCCUCUCCCGACCCCUACAACAUUCCCUCUCCCGACCCCUACAACAUUCCCUCUCACGACCCCUACAACAUUCCCUCUCCCGACCCCUACAACAUUCCCUCUCCCGACCCUACAACAUUCCCUCUCCCGACCCCUACAACAUUCCCUCUCCCGACCCCUACAACAUUCCCUCUCCCGACCCCCCCUACAACAUUCCCUCUCCCGACCCCCCUACAACAUUCCCUCUCCCGACCCCCCUACAACAUUCCCUCUCCCGACCCCUGCAACAUUCCCUCUCACGACCCCCUACAACAUUCCCUCUCACGACCCCCUACAACAUUCCCUCUCACGACCCCCUACAACAUUCCCUCUCACGACCCCCUACAACAUUCCCUCUCACGACCCCCUACAACAUUCCCUCUCACGACCCCCUACAACAUUCCCUCUCCCGACCCCUACAACAUUCUAUCUCCCGACCCCUACAACAUUCCCACUCCCGACCCCUACAACAUUCCCUCUCCCGACCCCUACAACAUUCUAUCUCCCGACCCCUACAACAUUCCCUCUCCCGACCCCUACAACAUUCCCACUCCCGACCCCUACAACAUUCUCUCUCCCGACCCCUACAACAUUCCCUCUCCCGACCCCUACAACAUUCUCUCUCCCGACCCCUACAACAUUCCCUCUCCCGACCCCUACAACAUUCCCUCUCCCGACCCCUACAACAUUCCUCUCCCGACCUCUACAACAUUCUAUCUCCCGACCCCUACAACAUUCCCUCUCCCGACCCCUACAACAUUCCCACUCCCGACCCCUACAACAUUCUCUCUCCCGACCCCUACAACAUUCCCUCUCCCGACCCCUACAACAUUCCCUCUCCCGACCCCUACAACAUUCCCACUCCCGACCCCUACAACAUUCCCUCUCCCGACCCCUGCAACAUUCCCUCUCCCGACCCCUACAACAUUCCCUCUCACUAAUACACUUGUUAACUCACUCCAAACAUAA